AUGCCGCUCGAUUGGACGAUCGACGCUGAGCAGCGCGGUCUGGCCGCGUGGCUCCGCCAGCGCGACGACAAUGCGCACCGGAAUCUGCUGACGUAUACAGAUCGCCUGCUGCUCAACCAGUUCCUCGAUCGCGUCGUUCUCGAUGCGUCGCUGAGCCAGAGUCCGCACUACGACGCCCGCCUCUCGGUCCUUGCAACGCGUCUUGGUGUCCGCGACCCAGUUGUCUUCUACGUGCCCACACACAGAGCUAUCCAGCGGCAAGACCGAGAGCGGGAAGAACGAAAGCUUUUCGACCUCGAGUGGCGGCGCCAACAAGCGCAGCACCAGACGUUCGUCGCCGCCGCCGCCGAUCCUUCGCCCGCAUGGUGCUCACUGCUCUAG